AUGCUGGCCGUGAUCAUCAGCUUACUUCUAGUGAUCGGUUACCUGUUCUCACUAGCAUAUCGAGUGAGCCCUUGGCACCCUCUCUCACAUAUUCCAGGACCUUGGCGGACGGCCAUAUCAUCUCUUUGGUUGCAAUAUCACACUUUCCACGGCACCCAAGGUAAAGCAACGCGAAGACUACACCAUAUCUAUGGCCCGAUAGUGAGAGUUGGACCCAACGAAGUGGAGAUUGCAGACGGUGCGGCACUUUGGCCCAUCUAUAUCAAAAAUGGUGGCUUCGAUAAAAGCCAUCACUAUGCGAUGCUGGACAUUGACGGUCAUUCUACGGUCUUCUCUACUCUGCAGAAUCGAAAGCGAGCGGACAGGCUCAAGGUUGCACUACCAUUCUUCUCUGCCGCCUCUGCACAACGUCAAGUCCCCAUGCUCAAGGCGUAUGCGGUAAAGCUGGCCGAAAGACUGGAACGAGACAAAAUCAGAGGAGAUACGGUCGACCUCCUAGACCGCUGCAGGUCUUACUCGCUCGACACAACUUCGAGCUACGUCUUCGGCGAGGCUUUCGGCGCUAUGGAAGAAGAUAAGAUGUCCAUAGCUCCUGUUGUGGACAAUUUUGUUGAAGUCAACUUGCUGUUCAACAUUCCUAGUCGCUUCUAUCGAAUCUUCAGCUUUUGUUAUAAUGCUUUCGUAGUCAAAACUGCCGUCAAGCAGGCGGAUGCCAAAGUCGAUAAGUGGAUUAGAGAUGUUGUAGUUAGAAACCUGGGCAAGUCGCCUGAAGCGCAGAAGACCUAUCCGGGUAGGCUCGCGGCCUUGGGAAUGCCACUCAACGCAGUGGUCCCAGAAGGCAAGGACGCAAUCUUUGGAGCGACUGAUGCGCUUGGAUUAGCGCUGUCGUUGAUUCUAUGGCGACUGGCGUCGAACACCGCAGUGUAUGCAGCUCUGCGAGAAGAGCUUGAGAGCAACGCCGGCAUGCAAGACGAGAAGCUGCAGAGCCUCCCUAUCCUCACGGGCAUCAUCAAAGAGGUUAUGCGCCUCAGCUCUACUGUACCUUGCAAGCUACCCCGUGUUACUCCUAGAGAAGGUAUGAUUUAUAAGGAUAUCUAUAUUCCAGGCAAUGUAGUUGUUGGCGUUGCGCCGUGCAUCCUCCACUUCAACGAACAAGUAUACCCAGAGCCGUACACAUUCCGGUACCAGAGAUGGCAGGACGCGACGGAGGAGAUGAGCCGAGAUUGGAUGCCUUUCGGAAAAGGCGCUCGAGCUUGUCUGGGGCGUCAUUUGGCUAUGCUGCAGCUCUGCGUUGCCGUGUCCACUGUCGUCAGGAGCGGCGUGCUGAACAACGCGAGAACUAUGAAGUCGAGCAUCGAGUUUUGGGAAUGGUACAACGUAAAGGUCGCGGGCGGAACGAUCGAGAUCGGAUGGCAGGAGAGUCCUGAAGUCACAGACGAUGUGUAG